AUGCUCCCCCACGGCCGAAGUACUCAGCAGAGUAGGCUCGUGCUGGGGGACAUCACCAACUCGCUUGGUCGUGAGACAAGAAAGAGACAGUGCUCGUCUUCUUUGGGGGAUGACAUUAGCUACCAGCACAAGCAUCAACAAGAAGUGCAGCAGAAGAAGCGUGAGUAUAGAAAGAAAGAGAGAACGAAAUGCAAUGCUGGUAGACUGGGCGAACUGAUUUUGGUCUCAGGCACUGCAUUGUUGGCCGUCAACCAAGCAUGGGGAGAGCAAGACACCUACCACCACUCUGGAGCGGCUGACAACGACACACACGGCUCAGAUUUGGAUUUGGAUAUGGAUUUGGAUUCCCAAGGAAGCAGCAAAAAGGCAUCAUCAGCACCUCACCACGAUCGUUUGAGCCAGGGCAGCCACAACAGCAACAACGAGCAGCAGAAGCCCUUCGAGAAAGAGGGAGAAUAUGUCCACCCAAGCUUUUCCUCUACUUCCACCACUUCCCAUUCUGCCCCUCCUUCUCCUUCUAUUCUCCCCGACAACACCAACAACAGCCCUCACGGGUACGGAUUUCAGCUCUCGGAGUCUGCCACAGCUCUCGAGCCAGACACUGAUCCGGAUGAGAUACGCCAGCUCUGGGAGACUGUCAAUCGACGUCUCAGAGCCAUCAUGCCGAGCACCUCAUAUAACUCCGCCAAGGGCGCCAAGCCAACUCCUCGGCUUGUCAUCCACUGGUUCCCCAGAUACACAUCUCUCCGCGAUAUUUUCGGCGAUGAUGUCUGUGACUCAGAUCUUCCGAAGCCUCUUGCCGACGAUACUACCCCUCACCAUGUCAGCAUCAGCGAAGUCAAUACCUUCAUUGUCGCUGUCAGACGAUCUCUACCAUGCUUCGACACUAUUCUCGAGCUUGCCGACGUCGUACAACACACCCUCUUCCGCAAUACCGCCGCACCACAUAUCCUACCUUCCGAUGAUGAGACAGCGUCAACCGUAUUGACGUACAACAACACACCGGUGGCAAUCCGUCUUCUCGGCGCAGACCCCAACAUUCAAGAUGAGUCCCAAAGCCUUUGGCGCCAUCCCUCUCGUGCCGGUUCUCAACAAUUUCACCACGACAGUGGCGACAUCAACGACAUUGGCGUCAAAUCAGCCGAAACUCUACCAUUACCUGCUGCUUCUGCCCAUGUUUCGUUCUGGUUGCUCAUCGCCAACGCCAAUCUACAUCCAUCCAUUACAGAGGUCAUCUCUAACGCAACCGGCACAUUCCACAAGAGAGUAACGACACCAUACCUCUCGGUCAACUACUGUGUCUGCGAACACUGCAGCCAUCGUACGGCGGACGUAUGUGACAGCGUUGCCCUAAUAUCCAGGGCCGGCGAGGCCAGCCUAUACAAUCGCUACCUACUCCGCGAGGAGAUGGCCUAUGUGAACGGGCAAUUUAGUAUUGACACGGGUGACGUGGUACACUAUGCAGUUGUGUUGGGUUAG